AUGCAGCUCACCACGCUUGCGCUUUUGACAAGCCUCUCGGCAGCGCCAGCAAACAACCAUGUUGACAUCGUGCCACGCCAGACGUACAUUAUUACAUGCAUUGGAGGUCGUUGCACCGACAACAUCAGCCGGCCUACAUCGGGUGUGCCACAGCCGACGACAAGCAAAGUCACAACGACAACAACCAAGAAACCUGAGCCGACCACAUCAAGCAAGAAACCAGAGCCAACACCUACAACCACUUCAAAGAAGCCUGAACCACCCAAGUCAAGUACGAAGCCAGCACCAACGUCGACCAGCACGACCAAGAAGCCCGAACCACCCACGACAAGCAAGAAGCCAGAGCCAACCCCGACGAAGACUACUAUCAAGACGACUACGAAGACUACCGAGAAGCCCACAAAGACCACCACUGAGGAAACUGGCCCAAGCAGCACGAGAUGCCCUGUACCUGCUUACUACAAGUGCGGAGGCUGGGAUUACACCAAGCCUUGGGACGGCUGCACGGUUUGCGAAAAGGGCUCAACAUGCGUGGAACAGAACGAAUGGUAUUUCCAGUGCGUGCCAAAUGAUGCCAUUGUAGCGGAGUGA